CAAACUUUGACCAUUUCUGCUCAUUUCAAUCUUGAUUCAAGACUUUAAGCUGCAUGAUUCCGGUUUUUUCUUCGUGUUUUACAUUUCUCCUCACUGCUAAGAUCAUCGCUCCUCUCCAACUUUCCGGUCAGGGUGAUUUUCCAAAACUUUAGUUAACAAACUAGCUACUUCUGAACCAUUUACACUAAUGAAAUAAAUGAUAAGAGAUUUACACACAUGAACACUGAAAUUUCCUUUUCCUCAUUGAGAGAGAAACAGGUCCUAUCUUGGAAUAGAAUGGAAUAGACUUUAAUAAUCCCACAGAGGGGAAAUUCACUUGCUCCACUUAAAGAAAAUAAAGAAGGAAAGGAUCAGAUUACAGGUAAACACACCUUGGCCAUACGUUAUUAUUGUAAACUCCAACCACUAAAAACAACGAAUAAAAAGAAAACGUUGGUUUCCAAAACUAUGUGCACAUACUAAUGUACAUUCUCAGCCUGCGUCGCAUAAAUGUUUAGCCGAAAAAAGGUAAAACGUCAUAAAAAAUGCUGAAAAAGCACCACAACCAUCUUUUUUUGUUCUGUUACCAAGAAACCUUCAACGAUGGCUGCCUGCAGCUCAUUUCCCCACCAGCAGGGGCCGCUGUGGCUCAUGGGAGUGAAAAUAAACAGAAGAAGAAGAAUAACUUCCGGUAGUGCAGACGAGGAGCCUGUUAGCAUCUGGCUAACUGAAGUCAGACCCAACGUGAUGUCGGCAGCCUCCAAAGUGGUUCUGGGUGUUUCUGUGCUUCUGACGCUGGGUACCGUGGCAGCGGUCCAUUUAAACCAGGCCUGGGAUCGAGAGAGGCUGCGUGAGGGUGUGGUUCAGGAUCUGGAGCGGGUGGAGAGGAAGAAAGAGAACCUGAGGCUACUGGAAGAGCAGAGGAUUCUGACCAGACACCUGGAGGAGGAGCGGAGGAGAGGAGAGGAGAGGCUUCAGUCACAGGACACCUGA